CAUGUCCAUUUAAGAAGUUAGUGGUGCAGUGUCGCAAGCAAAGCAAUUAACAGUCCAGAAGGUCUCCAUUGAGUAGGACAGGGUAAUGGCAAUGACAGUGUAUAUGACGCCACAGCUACCAAUAUUUGGGCAAGACAGGCCAAGAGCAAUUUCAGUGUAUACGAGGCCAGAGCUACCGAUAUAUAGGAAUGACAGGGCAAGAGCCAUGUCAAUAUAUAUGAGGCCACAGCUACCCAGAUUUAGGCAAGACAGCGGAAGAGCAAUGAGAGUGGGCAAGCCAAUAUUAAUGUUAUUAGAUGCUCCUGCUCAAGCGGAGGAAAAGAGGAGAAAGUUGUUGCCUGGAGAGGCCAAGGGAUUUACAGAGGAGAUGCGAUUUGUGGCAAUGAGACUUCAUACAAAACAAAAAGAGCCUCAAUCUGAUCCUCAACAACCUCAGGGUGCUUGGGAGGCUUCUCUAAAAGGAUAUCUCAGUUUUUUGGUGGACAGUAAACUUGUCCAUGAUAAACUUGAUGCUAUUCUACUCACAUCACCUCAUCCUUCUUAUGCCGCGUUCAGGAAUACAGGUCUGGAAAGAUCAGAAAAGCUUACAAAAGAUUUGGAGUGGUUUGUGCAGCAAGGUUCUAAGAUUCCAGAGCCAAGUUCUUCAGGAAGAAGUUACUCGCAGUACUUAGAAGAACUUGCAGAGAAAAAUCCACCAUCAUUUAUAUGCCACUUUUACAACAUACACUUUGCACAUAUUACUGGAGGUCAGAACAUUGGCAGACAGGUUGCAAAGAAAUUAUUGGAUGGAAGAGAGCUGGAAUUUUAUAAAUGGGAUGGAGAUCUUUCUGAAAUGCUAAAGAAUGUGAAGGAGAAGUUGAACAAAGUUGCUGAGGGCUGGUCUCGUCCAGAGAAAAAUCAGUGCUUGAGAGAAACAGCAAAGUCUUUCAAGUACUCUGAAAAUAUUGUUCGGUUGAUUAUAAAAUAAUAUAUCCAUUGAUGAUGGAAUUGUAAAGUACUAUAAACUUAUAUAAUGUUAGUUUAGCUUUCUGAAUUUUUCUUAUGAUAUGUACAAGUUGCUUCGUUAAUUCUUUUGAAUAAUUUUUUUUGAGUUUCUUUUGUAUUGAUGGAAAAUAUCAGAUUGAUGACGCAAAAUAUUCAAGGUGCCAAUCUCUAUAUUCUUAUA